UCGGCUGAUGCUCGUUGCGUGACGUAUAAUCUAGUGGACGGGACACUUCUUCAACAAGGACAACAGGCUACUGAUUCAACCACAUCGGUUGUUCGCUAGCAAACAUAAAACCGGUAAUAUUUAGACAAUUUCUGUGUAUAUUAACCUCGGUGUUUUAAAAACACCGUCUGCGAAUUUACUAGUUACUUUUAUAUUUACGUUGUCAGCUAGCUAGCUGUUUAGUUAACACUAGGCUAGUCUAACGUUCCCGACCAUGAGUUCACUAUCCUACACCCCACCUGCUAAAGAAGAGGAGGUCUGCUGGACAGAGAAAGAAGCUCCCGUGAAAGAGGAGAAGGAAGAGGAGGCUGUCACGGUUAAAAAGGAAGUAGAGGGUGAGGCUGUUUCAGUGAAAGAGGAGGUGGAUGUUACUGUGGAAGAAGAGGAGGAUGCAGUUGAAAAAGUGAAAGAGGAGGAGGAUGAGAUUACUGUCACAGUUAUAGAGGAGGAAGAAGAGAAGAAUGGAGAUCUGAUUAACACCAGAGAGAGACAAGACUCUCACUCUGACAGCGAAAAGUGUCUUUCAGAAGAACCAGAGACAUCCAAACCAGCAAGACGACGCCACUCUUCCCAGUGUGGAAAGAGUUUUACCAAGUUAGGGAACCUUAAAAACCAUGAGAUUACACACACAGGAGAAAAGCCCUACCAAUGUUCCCAGUGUGGAAAGAGUUUUACAAGGUUUUGGAACCUAAAAGAACAUGUGAGGACACACACAGGGGAAAAACCUCAUCACUGCUCCCAGUGUGGAAAGAGUUUUAUCCGGUUAAGCCACCUGAAAGAACACAAGAGAACGCACACAGGGGAGAAGUCUUAUUACUGCUCCCAAUGUGGAAAAGGUUUUAUCCAGUUAAGGAAAUUGAAAAUGCAUGAAAUGACGCAUACAGGGGAGAAGCCCUACCACUGCUCCCAGUGUGAAAAUAGAUAUGUUUCAUCAGGAGCCCUGAAGUCACAUAAGAGAACACACACAGGGGAGAAGCCAUACCUCUGUUCCCAGUGUGGCAAGAGUUUUAGCUGGCCAGGGCAACUGAAAGAGCACGAGAGGACACACACAGGAGUGAAGCCUUACUAUUGCUGCCUGUGUGGAAAGAGUUUUACCCAUUUAGGGAACUUAAAAAGGCAUAAAAGAUCACAUGCUGUAGAGAAGCCGUAUCAAUGCUCCCAGUGUGAAAACGUGUUUUUAUCACCAUGGGAACUGAAAAAACAUGAGAGAACACACUCUGUAGAGAGGCCUUUCAAAUGCUCUCAGUGUGGAAAGAGAUUUAUCCAGCGUUGUCAUUUGAAAGCUCAUGAAAAAAUACACACAGGCGAAAAACCAUUGUGCUCUCAUUGUGGGAAGAGUUUUACCCAGUUAGGGAGCCUAAAAGAGCACGAGAGGACACACACGGGAGAGAAGCCAUACCACUGUUCCCGGUGUGGAAAGAGUUUUACCCGGUUAUGGUGCCUGAAAGCACAUGAGAGAAUGAAGAAGCUGUGUUCUGACUUAAGUUUUUGACUGAGAAGUAGCGUUUUUGUUCAUGUCACGUAAAAUCAACUUGGUUCGAUGAUAGAAUCCUUAGUUGCUGCCUACUUUUCUAAAACUUCUAAAUUAAUGAUACUCAUUGAUUCUUGAUGAACAUAACUUAUAAAAUGCCUCAUGAGCUUAGUUCAACUGUCAUACUCAGAUUCCAAAAUACACGCUUUGAUUUGCACCAAUGUUUUGUAAACAAUGUAAAUGUAAACAAACAUUGUAUGAGCCUCAAAACAUAUUAUAGUUUAAACUAUAAUUUUGGGUCAAACUAAAGAUUCUAGCUUUAAAGGUCCAAUGCAGCCUGUUUUUAAAAACAUCUCGAUAUCAAAUCAUUUCUGGGUAAUAAUUAGGUACCUUACUGUAAUAUUUAGGUACCUUACUGUAAUAUUUAGGGACCUUACUGUAAUAUUUAGGUCCCUUACUGUAAUAUUUAGGUCCCUUACUGUAAUAUUUAGGUCCCUUACUGUAAUAUUUAGGUCCCUUACUGUAAUAUUUAGGUCCCUUACUGUAAUGUUUUUCAAUUUCAAAUGGUCAAAACCAAAAUAACUUCUCAGCAAAGAGCAAUUUCUCAAUUGCAAGAAUUGUGAUGGUACUGAGUGGGGAGGGAACAACUGAACUAGCUCUUAUUGACAGAGAGGUUUUUCAUAUUGAUUUGAUAACUAAUUUCCUGCCUGAUGAGGAUAUCAAGAACGCCAACGUGUCAUCCUUCCAAAACAGGCUGAAAUUUCAGCUCUUACACUGAAAGGACAUGAUCAUCAUUUCCACAGUAUUAUUCCAACCUCAGUAUGGACAUAUUUAUAAACACGCGUUUAUGCACUGGGCCUUUUAAAACGCCUAUUCAACAAUACAUGUGUUAAGUCUUUUUUAUCUAAAGACAUUAAUUGAAAAAAUGAAGUAUGUCAGUUUUAAUAGCGAGCGCAACAGUUUCAAUUUGUGCGCUCUCUGUGAUUAAAUGGUCCUUUUCAAACUCUGGCUCUUCAAUGGGUUUGUCUGUGUGACAGUUUCAAUUUGUACUCUCUC